CCAGAGACGCUUCACUUCCCCAUAUUUCUUUAUCAAACUCUUUCACUUUUCAUGUUGCUGUGAAGCAGAAAGAUUUAAGAUUGAUGUGGAUCUGAACUCGGCAUCAUGGAUCAGAUUGAGGAGCAGAAAGAAGGAAAAACUCUGCCUAAAGCUGAGAAUCAGAGCACAGCUAAGAGAAAACGAUAUGAAGAUGAACUGGAUCUAGAGCUCUGUGAGAAUGAAUCGAUGUAUAAGCUUUCUGAUUUUAAAUCAAACAAGCCUUCAAAGAGAGCUCAGCAUCCAUUUUCCAGCUGUUCAUCUGGACAACAGUCAGAAAUAGACCAGCCUCCAUCUCCAGAUGAAGUGAAGAUCUCAGAGGCACCUAGUGGUCAGAACGCCCAACAGCAUCAAACAUCACUGGACUCCACAUUUAUGGAGCUUAAAAAGGACAUUUUCACUUUUGUGGAGAAUGAGCUGGAGAAGAUCCAAAUGGUUCUGGGUUCACAUUCCCCAGAAUAUCUAGAAGGGAAAGAGGAUGAUGAGGAUGAUGAGGGUGAAGAUAAAGAGCAAAUGAAGAGGAGCAGAAAAGCUCUUGAGAAGAUCAUACAACACUUCCUAAGGAGGAUGAAACAGAAGAAGCUGGCUCACCGUCUUCAAACCAGAUCACUCACCACAUGCCAAGAAACACUAAAGUCUAACAUGAAGAAGAAGUUCAAGCAUGUAUUUGAAGGGAUUGGUAAAUCAGAAAAGCCCACUGUUCUGAAUAGAAUCUACACAGAUCUUUAUAUUACACAGGGAAACUCUGGAGAGGUCAAUGAUGAACAUGAGGUCAGACAAAUUGAAGCAGCGUCCUGGAAACCAGACAGACCAGAAACAGCAAUUAGACAUGAAGACAUAUUUAAACCUUCAACUGAAAGAGAUGAUCCAGUCAGAACAGUGAUGACAAAGGGAGUGGCUGGCAUUGGGAAAACAGUCCUGACACAGAAGUUCACUCUGGACUGGGCAGAAGACAAAGCUAACAAGAACAUCCAGUUCAUGUUUCCAUUCAUGUUCAGAGAACUGAAUCUGUUAAAAGAUGAACAGUUCAGCUUAGUGGAGCUUGUUCACUAUUUCUUUAGUGAAACCAAAGGAAUCUUCAGGUUUGAAGAGUUAAAGAUUGUGUUCAUCUUUGAUGGCUUGGAUGAGAGUAGACUUCCACUGGACUUCAAAAAAAAUGAGAUCCUAACAGAUGUAACAAAGUCCACCUCAGUGGAUGUUCUUCUGACAAACCUGAUCAGAGGGAACCUGCUUCCCAAAGCUAACCUCUGGAUAACCACAAGACCUGCAGCAGCCAAUCGGAUCCUUGCUGAGUUUGUUGGCAAGAUGACAGAGAUCAGAGGAUUCACUGACCUAAAGAAAGACGAGUACUUCACUAAAAGAUUUAAAUAUAAGCAGGAGGCCAGAUUAGUAAUCUCCCAUGUAAAGAAAUCCAGAAGCCUCCACAUCAUGUGCCACAUCCCAAUCUUCUGCUGGAUCACUGCUACAGUUGUGAAAGACAUAUUGAACAAGAAAGAUGGAGAAGAUCUGCCAAAGACCAUGACUGAGAUGUACAUCCACUUCCUGGUGGUGCAAACCAAACUGAAGGUCAUCAAGUAUGAUGGAGGAGCUGAGACAGAUUCAAUCUGGAGUCCAGAGAGCCGGAAGAUGAUCGAGUCUCUGGGAAAACUGGCUUUUGGUCAGCUGCAGAAAGGAAACCUGAUCUUCUAUGAAUCAGACCUGGCAGAGUGUGGCAUCGAUAUCGAAGCAGCUUCAACGUACUCAGGAGUGUUCACAGAGAUCUUCAGAGAAGAGAGAGGGCUGUACCAGAACAAGGUGUUCUGCUUUGUCCACUUGAGUGUUCAGGAGUUUCUGGCUGCUCUUUAUGUUCAUCUGACUUUCAAUGAAUCUGGAGUCAAUCUGCUGGAAAUGAAAUCCAAGGAUUUAGAAAAACAAAACCAUGCUUCCUCAGAGACAGAUAUGUACAAGCAAGCUGUGGACAUGGCCCUAGAGAGUCCAAAAGGACACCUGGACUUGUUCCUACGCUUUCUACUUGGUCUUUCACUGGACACCAAUAAGCGUCGCUUAGGGGGCUUUGUGACACAGACAGAAGAAAGUUUAGCAACUAAUAAAGACACAGCCCAGUACAUCAAGGAAAAGAUAAAUAACGGUAAUCUGGCUUGUGUUGAGAAAAGCAUCAAUCUGUUCCACUGCCUGAAUGAACUAAAUGAUCAGUCUCUGGUGGAGGAAAUCCAACAAUCUCUACAAACAGGAAGUCUUUCAGCCCAACAGUUGUCUCCUGCUCAGUGGUCAGCUCUGCACUUCAUGCUACUUUCAUCAGAGAAAGACCUUGAGAUAUUUGACCUUAAGAAAUACUUUGCUACAGAAGAAGCUCUCCUGCAGUUGCUGCCAAUAGUCAAAGCCUCCAGCAAAGCUGUACUCAGUGGAUGUAACCUUUCAGAGAAAAGCUGUGAAGCUCUGUCCUCAGUUCUCACCUCUCAGGAUUCUUGCCUGAAGGAGCUGGACCUGAGUAACAACAACCUGGGUGAUUCAGGAGUGAAGCUGCUCUGUGACGGACUGAAGAGUCCAAACUGUGUACUCGAAAUUCUGAGGUUUUCUGGCUGUCUGAUCACAGAGGAAGGUUUUGCUGCUCUGGCCUCAGCUCUGACAUUGAAUCCCAGCCACCUGAGAGAGCUGGACCUGAGCUACAAUCAUCCAGGAGACACAGGAGCUCAGCCUCUGUUAGCUGGACUGGAGGAUGGAGCCUGGAAGCUGGAGACUCUGAAGUUGGAUCCUGCUGGAGUCCAGUGGUUAACACCAGGUCUGAGGAAGUAUUCCUGUUCUCUCACAGUCGACCUGAACACCGUAAACAAACAUCUCAGAUUAUCUGAAGGCAACAAGAAGGUGACACAUGUGGAAGAGGAGCAGCCAUAUCCUGAUCAUCCAGACAGAUUUGAUCUCCAUCAGUUACUGUGUACCAAUGGUCUGACUGGUCGCUGUUACUGGGAGGUUGAGUGGAGUGGAAAAGUCUACGUAUCACUGAGUUACAGAGGAAUCCAAAGAAAAGGACAGACUGAUGACUCCUGGUUUGGAUUUAAUGAUAACUCCUGGUGUCUAAUCUGCUCAGAUGAUGGUUAUGCUGUCUGGCACGCCUGUAAAAAAGUUUAUAAGUGUUCAUCCUCCUCUUCUGUCUCUGGCAGAGUAGCUGUGUAUGUGGACUACCCUGCUGGGACUCUGUCCUUCUACAGAGUCUCUUCAGACACACUGAUCCACAUCUACACCUUCAACACCAAAUUCACUGAAACUCUUUAUCCUGGAUUUGGGUUCAGGAGUCGGGCUACCAAGUCCUGGUGCUCAUCAUUCUUUCUAAGAUAAAGGAAACCUAGAGUUUCACCCAAUAUAUGUUUUUAGAUUAUCAUAACAUGUAAAUAAAAGUAUUUUCAUAGCACCUUUUUUAAAAAUUACAAAGAGCUUCACAAUAAACUAGUGUCUAAUGUGAAAUUAGGCAUGUUCUCCAGGAGUGCAUAAAGAACACAGGAUAAACAAAUAAGAGAUUUAUUGAUUAAAAAACAAACUGUCUUUUAAAAGAGAAAAAAGUCUGAAGGGAGAGAGUUCCAGAGAAGAAGUAACUGAACUAAAAGCUCUGUCUUCUUUUUGUCUUCAUCUUAGUGAACCAGGCCCUGAUCACAAAACCUCAAUGAUUUUUUGUUUGGUAUCUUGAGUGAUUUGAAAAGUGCUUUCAGAUGAAAUGUAUUAUAUUAUUGAUAAAUGGGUGCAGAAGUCCUCUGAUAUUAUCUGGUGCCUGUCUAUUAAAGUGGAAAAAGAAUCUUAAGUUGCACUUUGAAGUAAAUUGUAAGCCAACGUUGUUCCAUAACGACUGGAGUCAUAUUUGAAAACUUGAAGGAUUUUGUCAGAACCCUGCAGCAACAUUUUAAAUAACCGUUCUAACGAGGUUUUGCUAAGAUUCAGAGUGUAUUCAGUGAUAAAACAAAAUCAUAGUUAUUUCCAUUUCAAGAUGUGAGAGAAUAGAGAUUAGUUCAACAGAUGCAUCCAAUGUUCUUACCAGACAUCUUGAUUCUUAAUUCUUGACGUUUUUUCCUUAUGUUCACCUUUCUUAUCUAAUUGUGUGAAAACCGGUUAAGAAGUAUUUUGUCAGCUGCUGAAGACAGUAUAAUGUCUACCUGCAUUGUUCACAUGCUUGUUUGAAUUGUACCAUAUUCCAAUGUAAUAAAACUAGCCAGUCUUUCCUGUGAUUAAACUAACAAGUUAGCGACAUGAAGGGAGUAAAAACACUUGACAAUAUUUUUCAGUACUGAUAUGUUAUUAUAAAUGGAACACAAAUCUUGCAAUACUGUAUGAAAUUUAGCUUUUUAUGGCAUUUUAUUUAUAUCUGCAUUGCAUUGUUUAUAUUAUAUUAGUUUGUUUAGUGUAGGUUUGGGUCUCCCAGUUUUGUCUUCCAGUUUUAAAAUAAAUUUUUUGUUUAGCUUUAAUCAAGAAAAAAUUUUUUUGUUUACUUUGGUGAGAGAUAAAUAAAUAAUCUCUUAAUUUCUGAAAUUAACUGGCCACAAUAUGAUCACUUGAAAAGAUUCUAUGUUGAUGUUUACAGAUUGUUAAAUAAGCCAUUUUUUAUAUUUGAGAAUAAAAUAUGUUUAAAUGAC